AUAGCUUGCCACAGCCAUGACUAAAGACGACUCAGCAGAGCUCCCUUCGGAGGAAGACCACCAGCCGCUGGAGUUCCAGAGCUCAACGCUAGAGAGGAGGAAGAAACCCAUCGUCCACCCUUCUGCCCCAGCCCCGCUCCCCAAAGAUUACGCUUUCACUUUUUUUGACCCCAAUGAUCCAGCCUGCCAAGAAAUCCUGUACGAUCCUAUCACCACUGUUCCGGAAUUGUUUGCGAUCAUCCGCCAAUGGGUUCCCCAGGUGCAGCACAAAAUAGACAUGAUUGGCAAUGAGAUCCUGAAGCGUGGCUGCCAUGUCGAUGACCGGGAUGGGCUGACAGACAUGACUCUCCUGCAUUAUGCUUGUAAAGCCGGCGCACAUGGUGUUGGUGAUCCCGCUGCUGCAGUGCGCCUCUCAAACCAGCUGCUGGCUUUAGAGGCAGAUGUGACUCUGCGCAGCCGCUGGACCAACAUGAAUGCCCUCCAUUACGCAGCCUACUUUGACGUCCCGGAACUCAUCCGGAUCCUCCUGAAGGCCUCCAAGCCAAAAGUUCUCAACUCGACGUGCAGUGAUUUUAACCACGGAACAGCCUUACACAUCGCUGCUUCAAAUCUGUGUUUGGGGGCCGUGAAGUGUCUUCUGGAACACGGGGCCAACCCUGCUGUCCGGAACAGCAAAGGCCAGGUCCCAGCUGACGUUGUGCCGGACCCCAUGGACAUGACGUUGGACAAGGCUGAGGCUGCCAUGAUCGCCAAGGAGCUGAAGCAGCUGCUCCUGGACGCCGUGCCUUUGAGCUGCAGCCUCCCCAAGGUCACCCUGCCCAACUAUGACAAUAUCCCUGGGAACCUCAUGCUCCUCUCCCUGGGCCUCAAGCUUGGCGACCGGGUCCUUGUGGACGGGCAGAAGGUGGGCACCUUGCGUUUUUGUGGCACUACCGAGUUUGCGAGUGGCCAGUGGGUAGGCGUGGAACUGGAUAAGCCCGAUGGCAAGAACGAUGGCAGCGUGGGUGGAAUCCGUUACUUUAUUUGCCCACCAAAGCACGGAUUAUUUGCUUCAGUGUCCAAGAUCUCCAAAGCUGCUGACCAAACACCUUCAUCAGUAACCUCCACCCCACGGACCCCCCGCAUGGACUUCUCCCGCAUGACAGCAAAAGGGCGCAAGGAGAAGGACAAGGACCGGAAAGCUCUCAGGAAGAAAUCGUUAUCCGUUGGCAGCCUGGACUGUGAAGGACUGAAGAUCGACAUUGGGGACCAGGUCCUGGUGGCAGGGCAGAAGCAAGGCAUCAUUCGUUUCUAUGGGAAAACCGAUUUUGCCCCCGGCUACUGGUUCGGAAUUGAGCUGGACAAGCCCACGGGGAAACACGAUGGCUCUGUCUUUGGAGUUCGCUACUUCACAUGCGCUCCUAAGCAUGGGGUCUUUGCUCCCCCUUCUAGGGUCCAGAGGAUUGGAGGCCCAAAGGAUUCCCAAGACGGCACUUCAGGGAAGAAGGUGCACCGAGUUACCAUUUCACAGCCGAAGCGCAACUUCACCACAGUCAGAUCCCCGAAAGACAUCACAUCGGAAAAUUCCAUCUCUAGGAUCCUCUUCUGUUGCUGGUUCCCGUGGAUGCUCCGUGCGGAAAUGCAGCCGUAAAGUCCCCCGCGCCCUUCCCCUCCUCCUCUUCCUCCUCCUCCUCCUCCUCUGCUGUUUCUUCACUCCCCACAUAAUCAAAGACUGCUCGUCAGCUCUGUCGCUCACCUCCUCCUCCCCCACUGCCGUUAUAGUGAACCCCAGUGCCUUGCUAAGCCACGUGGCCACCCCCGGUAGUUUGUGAGAAAUGCGGAACCCGUCCCGUCUGCCCCCCACUUCCCGAGCCGUGGCACAACAGGCCACUUCUAGCACUUCUGUUCCUGUCCGAGGAGUCGGCAACGGCCGUCGGAGUCAUUUUUCUUUGCCAGGGCAACACCCCUUCAGCUGGGGUGUGGAGAGAAGCCUCUGACCUUCCUCGCCGCCGGUAUAGAAAAAAGGCCCAACUCUGGGAUCUUAACUGCCCCUCCUGGAAAGCCCCCCACGCACGUUGCAGCCUCUGGGGAGCAAGCCCGCUUGGCGUUCGUGCAAAACUGAGUAUGUAGGCUGAGGGACAACCGGCUCCCCUGGUCUGCCACCAACCCGGUCCUCUGGGUGUGGCCAGGGAGCCAGGCACCAUUGUUUCUCAGCCUGCUGGCUGGGGAAUUCUGGGCGCUGAAGUCCACACGUCGUAAAGUGGCCAAGCUUGACAAACACUGCCUUAGUCCGACGUAGUCCAAGAAUACUACACUGAGGAAGGCUGUGAUAAAUAAUCCCUCCGCUUGGUUAACCAGCUACGAUCCUAGCCGCAGGCAGGCAGCUUGUGUUGGCCUGGCGGGGUCGACGAGGUAGGAGUCACAGCCAGUCAGUUGAUUCUACUUCAUUGUAAGGUUACAUGAACAGAACCUUGCAAGUCUGAAAGUACAAUUCUCCUGCCGCCUCCUUUCCAGCCCGAGAAACUAGGGAGGGCCCCUUCUGAGCCUCUUGCCCUUCCCACUAUCCAGCUGCGGGCUCUGCCUCCUCUUCUCUGACCGUUCCCUUUGGCAGCGUCUUUCUGCCCAGUCUCCCAAGGACUUUCCCACAUACCAUUACAGCUUGUUUAUAAUGAAGCUAAGGCUCUCCAGAAUCUUGGCUUGUUGUUGCAUGGAAGUACAGCCCUUACUAAUCCUCUGCCCUCCCCCUUAUUUUCCUCCUAAACUCUGCCUAUGUUGUCGGUCUCCUACAGAACAUUGCCCUGGUCAUCGCUUACAGAAGUCAAACCCUUUGCAUCUGCUGAGUAGUAACUCCCUGCUGACUUUGGUGGGGCUUGUUCUUAACUAAGUGUUCACAUGAUUACAGCUUACAUGGUGGGGUGCUCUCACCUCCCCAUUUUGUUACUAAUGCGUGAGCAGGAUGGGUCCACAGUGCCAACACAUUUGCCCACAGUUGGCUAAUAUCAUAAGUGGCCUCUCUUGUUAGCAGUUCUCUUUCUGACUGAAACCUCUCUCUUUGACUUGCAGAUGCAGGAAGACACCCUAACUGAAAAUAUAGUGUGUGUUAGCAGCCGUGCUUAGCUUAUGUAUGUGCAAAUUAACAUACAGGGAGGGGUAAACUACCCAAUAGCAUCCUCUGAUGGUGUGUAGUGUGUGUAUCUCUCUGUGUGUAAGUAACCAGAAGUCAGUUCUCUUUUUUUUUAAAAAAGCAAAAGGCAGGGAAGGGAUAUUAUAACACCACUUGAUCUUGCCCUUGCAUUUAUCAGCUACAGAGCGUUAGGUCUUAAUCCAGUGUUUUUCAAACCGGGCGACUUUAAGAGGUGUGGACGUCGCCUCCCAGAAUUCCCCAGCCAGCAUGCUGGCUAGGGAAUUCUGGGCGGUGACGUUCACACCCCUUAAAGUCGCCCGGUUUGAAAAACACUGCCUUAAUCCAUCUUGGUAAUAUUUCAACCAUACAGCUUUUGCUCAUAGCUUCCUCUCCUAGUUUAAUUGAAGGUAGUUUCACUGAAUUUGGGGGUGGCAAAGUGGAAAAACGUUAAGACUAACGGUGCACUGAGCACCUGGUCCUGCUUGAAGAAUGAACAGGAAUGAACUAGAAAUGGAAACAUCAGAAAGCAGAAAAACAACGUAGCAAACCUUUGAAGUUCUGGUGGUGGGAUCCGUCAGCGGUACUGGAGGCUCGGCACUGAAACCUCAGGAGAAACGUUGACAUUUCUACCAUAAAUUUUCUUUGCUUACCCUUGAAUAUUGUUGAGUCUCUUGCAUAAUUUGCGUUGAAGCUGAGCCUGGAGUCCAGGACUUCCUCCUACCUUGGGAGGCAGGUUCCUCCCCUCCAUCUGGCCUUGAGCGAAUUGCUUACCUGUCCGUCCUUCUCCAGGUGCUUCCAAUUUCUUUUCCUUACCACACUUGUCAACCCCUUGGAGAGGCUGGGAAAGCCAUCCCGCUUGUUGACCAGGGAGCUGGGUGAGAUGACAAGGUUGCCACUUUAAGACUUUCUUUGCGUCAACAUCUGUGCUGUCUGGAGAAAUCCAAUAGGGUUGGGCUUCCGGGGGGACAGGCAUUUGGGGACAAGGCCGCCAUUACUGUUGCACAGCUGCUGAAAGAUGACAAUAUUCCACUAGGAGAAAUGGGGUGAACGUAAGAAGUUGAGAUUAUUUGGGCAUCUAUUUUUGACCAAUUAAAAAAAAAAGGUAAAGGGAGGGUAGCAUUCUGGCCAAAAGAAGAAACCCCAAGCUUGGUGAAAUAUUGGGGAGCUUUAUGUACAGAUAUAUUAAAUAAUUUUAAAGAACCCAAACUAUCACAUUGAAUCUUCCAAUCCACUUCAUCCUACGUCCUUCUCACUGUCAUUGUUGUGUUGUGGGAUAUGAUACUUGUCCCCCAGUUUGGACUCACAUUUCAUUCUCACUGUAGUGUGAACCAGCCUUCCAUAAACUGGUUCCCCCAGAUGAGUUGGGAUGACAGUUCUCAACAUUGCUCAAGAUGGCUGGGAAUUUGGGUAACUUUUUUUAUUCCCAAGCACAUCUGGAGGAUGCCAGGUUAUAGAAAACAGGUGAAAACAUCCUCAUUCACUCAUCCUCAUGGUUUUCUUGAUCACAUGUUAGGCAUCUCUCCACACUCUGACAUCCACUAGCAAUAAAUAAACCUUUGGUUGACUUCAGUUUGACGGGCACAAUCUUGGCGUGCCCCCCUCUUCUAAAUUGAGGGUAACCCUCUGCCAUUGAAUGGUCAACUGGGAUUGCCUUGUCUUCCUCAAAGACAUGGACCAGCCUCGGUAGCAACCCCUUGUGAUGGCUUUCCAUAAUCUUUCUUUCCAUAGAGAUCACACUGGAUUGUGUUCUUCCUGCCUAGAUGUCAAUUUUUUUUUUAAUUUUUCAAAGAGAAAUAACUUUGUAAACCGUUGUGUGAGACAGCUUGCCGUGCCGUCUGCUGAACUCCCCGUGGAAUCUUGCAUGGUUUCUGUCUUCCCUGAUCCCUGGUUAUCCAGAAGGAAAAAAAAAUGAGCAUGACAAAAAUAUCACUAUGUUAUUGCUUAUCUGUUAUUAACAAAUUAAUAAAAAGUGUUUCUAUGUG